AUGGUUAGGUUGCUACGAUUGGUAUUGCUCCGUCAUGUGAAGAGUUGCAGUUUUUACGCUAGAUCUUUAUAUGUACAGUUUGAAUUACCAAGUUAUCUGUUACCCAAGAAAAAUCCAUUAUCUUCUUCUUACUGUUUGGUGAUCAACAGUAUGGGAAAUAUAUGUAAUUUUCUCUGUCCUCAAAAUGUUAACAGAUGUUAUUCAACCUCCGCAUUAGAUGCUUCAAUUCAUGAUUCAGACGUAAAACUUUUAUGUGAAAAUGAAGCCGUACCUAUAUCAGUGGAAAACAUUAAUGACAGUGAUGAACAUGUAACAAGUGUUGUUCAUAAAGAAUCAGUUUCAAAGCACAAAGAGAAAUCAAAUAACAGUACUCCUGGUCAGCUAAAGUCUAUAUCUCCUUCGCUGCAAGGUCCGAAAGUAAUAAAAGAGUAUGUAAAAUUUCCUUUUCUUACGGAUAACGAGAUGGGACAUUGGAUUAUUAAGUCUCGGUUCAUGUUUAUAUUACGCGGACCACCUGGUUCGGGGAAAUCUUUUGUGUCGGAGUGCAUCCGAAUUCGUUUUCCCAUGGCUAAGAUCUUUUCUGCAGAUGAUUUCUUUUAUUUAGAAUCAAACGGCUAUGAGUACCAAUUUGACACCAGUCGAUUGAGUGAAGCUCACGAGUGGUGUCAUAAUAAUGCUUAUAAUGCUGCUUGUUCUGGGUACAGCCCAAUAGUUAUUGACAACACAAACACAAGAAAUUGGGAAACACGUUAUUACACAGAUAUGGCUCGUCGUUUUCACUACUUUGUAAUCAUGGUCAUCCCACAAACACCAUGGCGAUUUGAUGCGGAAACUUUAACUAUGCGUAAUGUACAUUUUGUCAGUUUAGAGACCAUUGAAGCUAAAGUCCGGAAUUUCGAACAUAUCUAUCCAUUGUAUUAUGGUUGGUUUUGGUCGGCACCACCGAGUGAAACAUAUUCAAAACUUGACAUCUCAGAUACUUCACGAGACAUAGUUAGUAGACCAGGUAAACGGCGUAAAAGCUCUAUUCACUCAAACCCAUGUAUGGAAUUGAAUCGGUUGCUUAAAUGGGGAUGGGAUGCUCUUAAUACUAUUAUAGAAUUACCCGGAGUACAUCAUGAAUUAAUAAAUGCUUUCGGUCUGCCCCAAGAUGCAACUGUACAAGAUGUAAUAACUCAUUGGGAAUCCGCUACAAUACCUGACUUCGGGACAGGUUUGAAAACUUGCAACACACCUAGUAUUCCUCAUGUAACAGCUAAAUUUUCCGGAUAUGGUCGAGCCUUCGGUGCAGAACAUUAUGCUCUACGUAGAUCUGUGAAUGAAAAUUUACUGGGAAAAUUAUUCACAGUACAAAUUAUCGGCUUAGUGAUCACUCCACGUACAAUAGGUGCUAGGGUUAAACUUCCAAAUGAUGAGGUCAUUCGACAUCUCUGGGCUGCCGACGAUCAACAAGUUGUAUUCCCAGAUAAUAUUGGUAUAAUGCCUGUGAAUCGUCCAACUGGUUGUCGUGCUCAUGUUACAAUGGCAUUAGCAACUGGUGUAUCCCCAGCAGAAACAGGUCUUGAUUUACUACGUGUUGUAGACAUGGAGUUGAACAAUCGGCCGGGCGAUCAUGUAGCAAUUAUUAAAAAUGGUUCUGUUCGUCGACUUAUCAUUCCAAAAUUACACUGUAAUACUUCACCUGAACGCUGUUUAGUAAAGGUACCAAAUAAAUUAAACUAUCAUCCACGUAAUAAUAAUAACUUUUACGUUAAUGGUAUCUCAUCAGUUCCGCUCUCAGAUUGUGAGACUAUUUAUGUGUACGAUCUUGAUUUUCCUCAUCACUACCGUGUUACUUUUGCUGCUUCAUAUUGA